AUUUCAAAAACGGCGUUUCUCUAUAAAUUUCAGUAAGUAGGGUUCAUUACUCGCGUUGUUCUUUGCGAGUAGAGAGAAAGAGAGAGACGCCGCCGCUAACCCUAGCCUCCUCUUCCCUUUUCCUUAUCCCAGCAGGAUGGAAUCUCAGGUAAAGCAUGCUAUUGUUGUCAAAGUUAUGGGUCGUACUGGAUCUAGAGGGCAAGUGACUCAGGUCAAAGUUAAGUUUUUGGAUGAUCAGAACCGGCACAUCAUGAGGAAUGUGAAAGGACCAGUGAGAGAAGGCGACAUUCUCACCCUACUCGAAUCUGAAAGAGAAGCAAGAAGGUUGCGCUAAGGGGUCUCAUGGUUUGCCUCUGGAUUUAGUAAAACAUUGCUGUUUUGUUGUGGUAGUUAGCAGAUACCAAAUGUUAUUGUCCUGGAUAUUUUUUAUGCCCGUAUUAUGACUUGAGUUUUGACGUCCCGUCUUAAGAUUGAGAUGGCUGAGUUUUGGAGUGCUUUGACUUUUAUAUUAUGUUUUUUUUUUACACUCUUUUCGUUGUUUUGAGAUGUAGUUAGUAGUUACUAAUUAUACUUGUGAUCUAAAA